AGGAUAUGUCUCUUCCUCUCUCUCUUUAGGUGUUUCUGUCAGCGAGAUCAGAAUCCUUCAAUUACUUUUGCUAAAAUGGAGAAAGUGAGGCAAGCAUCGCACGCAGGCUCUUGGUAUACCGAUAAUCCUACAAAGUUGUCAUCGGAUCUUGAAGAAUGGCUAAGAGCAACUGGUUUAACCAGAUCACCUCAUGUCCGAGGCGUCAUUGCCCCACACGCAGGUUACUCCUACUCGGGUCGUGCAGCUGCUUAUGCCUUUGCAAACAUUGAUCCCACCAACAUUUCCAGGAUAUUUAUUCUUGGUCCAUCUCACCAUUACUAUACUCCAAAAUGUGCACUUUCAACUGCAAAAGUUUACAAAACUCCCAUAGGAGAUCUACCUGUUGACGUAGAGAUGAUUAAGGAGAUAAGAGCUAUGGGGAAAUUUGGAAUGAUGGAUCUCCGUGUCGAUGAAGCUGAGCAUAGCAUGGAAAUGCACUUGCCUUAUCUGGCUAAAGUGUUUCAAGGGCACGAUGUGAAAGUUGUACCCAUCUUGGUUGGAGCAGUAAGUCCAGAAAACGAAGCCAUGUACGGUGAGUUGCUAUCUAAAUACGUGGAUGAUCCCAAGAACUUUUUCUCAGUCUCCUCUGACUUUUGUCACUGGGGCUCUAGGUUUAAUUACAUGCAUUACGACAACAAUCAUGGUCCAAUUCACAAAUCCAUUGAGGCACUAGACAAGAUGGGUAUGGAUAUAAUAGAGACCGGAGAUCCAGAUGCUUUCGACAAGUAUCUUUUGGAGUUUGACAACACCAUUUGUGGACGCCACCCCAUUAGUAUUUUUCUCCAUAUGAUAAAACAUAGCUCAAGCAAGAUGAAGAUCAAUUUCCUCAAGUACGAGCAGUCAAGCGAGUGCAAGACGAUGCGAGACAGCAGUGUCAGCUAUGCAUCUGCUGCUGCUAAGUUGGAAACUUGAACAUCCCUCAAGAAUUGGUGCAACAAAAAUUUCUACAUUUCGGUUAGCAGUGUCUUUUAAUGUGUCUGAAACAUAUAAUCUGAUAGCAUUUAACAAACCUUAAAGAAAAAGAAACCAAAAGGUUUGGUGUUUUACAAAUCUUUGUAAUAAGACAAAAGCACAAGAACAUCAUUCCCUCCUCCAUUGACUGAUAUCUCUAAUAUUUUGAAUCUCUCUCACAA